AUGUCUAGCAACAAAAAGUCACCCGUCUACGUCCUCGGCGUGGGCAUGACCAAGUUCAUCAAACCCCGCGGCAAAGUCGACUACACAGAACUGGGCUUCGAAGCAGGCGUCAAGGCCCUUCUCGACGCGCAGAUCAACUACGAUGAUGUGGACCAGGGCAUCGCGUGUUACUGCUACGGCGACAGCACCUGCGGCCAGCGCGUCUUCUACCAGUUCGGCAUGACCCAGAUCCCCAUCUACAACGUCAACAACAACUGCUCUACUGGAAGCACCGGCCUCAACAUGGCCAGGACCCUGGUGGAGCACGGAGCUGCAGAGUGUGUCAUGGUGGUGGGCUUUGAGAAGAUGAUGCCCGGUAGCUUGCAGAGCUUCUUCAAGGAUAGAGAGAGUCCAACAGGAACGACGGUCAAGAUGAUGGCUGAUACAAGAGGUAUCACGAACUCUCCCGGCGCGGCGCAGAUGUUUGGCAAUGCCGGGAGGGAGUAUAUGGAAAAAUAUGGAGCCACAGCUGAGGACUUUGCUGAGAUUGCGCGCAUCAACCACACCCACUCACCUAACAAUCCCUACUCUCAAUUCCAAGACGUCUACACCAAAGAACAAAUCCUUCAAUCUCCCAUGAUCCACGAGCCUCUAACCAAACUCCAAUGUUGCCCAACUUCGGACGGCGGCGCAGCAGCCAUUAUCGUCUCAGAAGCCUUCCUCAACGCCCGCCCUCAUCUCCGCGAACAGGCCGUCGAGAUCGCAGGCCAGCACCUUGCCACAGAUGCACCAAGUCUCUUCUCCCGCAGCGCAAUUGACUUGAUGGGCUACGAGAUGACACAGCGAGCUAUGCAAGAGGCAACCAAGCAAGCUGGGAUUUCUCCCCGUGACGUUCAAGUUGUUGAAGUACACGACUGCUUCAGCGCGAACGAGAUGGUCACUAUCGACGCUCUAGGUCUCUGCGACAAGGGCAAAGCGCACGAGCUCGUUCGCAACGGUGACAUCACGUACGGAGGAAAAUAUAUCAUCAACCCCUCAGGCGGUCUCAUCUCCAAAGGCCAUCCCCUAGGUGCAACAGGUAUUGCGCAGUGCGCUGAGCUGGUAUGGCAUCUCCGUGGAUGGGCCAACAACCGUGCAGCGCCCAACACUCGAUACUGUCUGCAGCACAAUCUCGGUCUUGGAGGCGCUGCUGUGGUGACGAUUUACAAAAGAGCUGAUGGGCGCGCUGCGCCUGCGGUGAACUCUACAAUGGUGGGAAAUAGAAACAAGCUGGGAUAUAACCCUGCAGUUGUGGCCAAGGGGUUUACGCAGGAGCAUGUUGAUAUGGUGAGAAGCAAGAAGGCGAGGAGCGAGUGGGCGUUGCAGGAUGUUGAGAACAAGGUUGAGGCGAGGUUUUGA